CUUACACGAAGCUUCCUCGAUGCAUUUAUUUUCACGAUCCCUAUUUCAUUAUUUUCAAGAAGUUUUCUAUUUAAUUUAAAGAAACUGAAUAUUUUUCUUUCUUUUAUAUCUUCUCAGGCUCUCAAGUCUCUCAAGAGAGACAAAAAUGGCGUCUUCAAGCUCUCCUUGCGCAGCUUGUAAAUUCUUGAGAAGAAAAUGCACACAAGAAUGUGUAUUCGCUCCAUAUUUCCCACCAGACCAACCUCAAAAAUUCCAAUACGUUCACAAAGUCUUUGGAGCAAGUAACGUCGCUAAGCUUCUCAACGAGCUUGCCUCUAACCACAGAGAAGACGCAGUAAACUCUCUAUUCUACGAAGCAGAAGCUCGACUACGUGAUCCGGUUUACGGUUGCGUCGGUUUAAUCUCAAUCCUUCAACACCGUCUUAAACAGCUUCAACAAGAUCUUGAAAACGCCAAGAAAGAGCUUGCUACGUACGUUGGUCCUCAAGCUAUGCUUCCUAUUCUCCAACCGCCUCAACCGCAUUUCAUGUCUCCACCGCCGCAACCGCAACGACCAUCUUCUUCUUCAGCGUCUGUGUUGACUCAGCAUCAACAUAACUUGUUGCCAAUGAUGGGUAUUCCAACUGGACAAUUGUACCAUCAACAGCAACAACAGAUCUUUGAGUCUCAGCAGUUAGCAGCGGUUGCGAGAGAGCAACAAAAUGAGAUGUUUAGAGCUUAUGGAGGAGGAGGAGGAAGUAGUAGUCCACACCAUCAAAACCAAGCUCAAGCUGAGAUUUUGAGGUUUAACAAUGGGUUUGACUCUGUACCGGCCGGUUCAGUUACGGUUACUGGGUUUAAUCAGUUAAGCUCCGGUGGUACAGCGGUAACCGGAAUGUCUCUUGGAGGUAACUUUGUUGAUAGUCCUUCGACGAAUAAUAAUUACCAUACGGAUCAGCAGUUACACCAUCAUCAUCAACAGCAACAACAUCAUGAGGCUCAACUGUUCAUACCUACACAAUCUUCUCAGCCGCUACCGCUUCAAACGCAGGACACGCAAACGCAGACGCAGCCUAAUUCAGAGAGCGAGGAGGGUAGAAGGAGUGUCAUUGGUUAAUCUCGCUAAUUGAGGAAUAAUAAAAAAGAGGGAUAUUA